CUUUAUUUUCUCAAGAUAGGAAGAUAAUAAUACUAUAUAUUUCUCCCACAUUUCUGUGUCCCAUCAAGCCAGUCCCUAUUCCUAUCUUGUUCUGAUUAUGGAACAGCUGAAGCCAAGUGCUGCUAACUCUUCCCCUCUCACUCCCCUCGGCUUCUUGGACAGAGCAGCCACCGUCCACGGCGACGUCCCUUCCGUUGUUUAUAACAACACCACCUUCACGUGGUCCCAGACGCGCCGCCGAUGCCUCCAGCUGGCCUCCGCCCUCUCCUCCCUUGGUAUCCGCCGCGGCAGCGUCGUCUCCGUCGUGGCCCCCAACAUCCCCGCCAUGUACGAGCUCCACUUCGCCGUCCCCUUCGCCGGCGCAAUCCUGAACAACAUCAACACCCGCCUCGACGCCCGCACCGUCUCCGUCAUCCUCCGCCACGCGAACUCCACGCUCGUCUUCGUCGACUGCGCCUCACGCGACCUCGUCCUCGAAGCCCUAUCCCUCUUCCCUGAAAAUCAAAGUCAACGCCCAACCCUAAUUCUCAUCACAGACGAAACCAUCGAGAAAGCCUCACCCACCGUCGAUUUCCUCGACACAUACGAGGGGCUUGUAAGCAAGGGCGAUCCGGGAUUCAAGUGGGUUCUACCGAACUCCGAGUGGGACCCGAUCGUACUUAACUACACUUCAGGAACGACGUCGUCUCCCAAAGGCGUUGUCCACUGCCACCGUGGAACGUUUAUUGUUGCAGUGGACUCUCUUAUUGAUUGGGCGGUUCCGAAGAACCCGGUUUAUCUCUGGACGCUUCCGAUGUUCCACGCUAACGGCUGGAGCUUCCCGUAUGGGAUUGCUGCCGUGGGUGGAACUAAUAUCUGUGUCCGCAAGUUCGACGCUGAGAUUGUUUACUCUCUCAUAAAACGCCAUCACGUGACUCACAUGUGCGGCGCGCCGGUGGUGCUCAACAUGUUAACCAACGCGAACUCCCCGUUGGAGAAACCGGUUCAGAUCCUCACCGCCGGAGCGCCGCCUCCUGCGGCGGUGCUCUUCAGAACAGAGGCUUUGGGGUUUGUCGUGAGUCACGGGUAUGGUUUGACUGAGACCGGAGGAUUGGUGGUGUCAUGCGCGUGGAAGGGGGAGUGGAACAAGUUGCCGGCAACGGAGAGGGCUCGGCUGAAGGCGAGGCAAGGGGUGAGAACGGUUGCAAUGGCGGAAGUCGACGUGGUGGGUCCCACCGGGGAGAGCGUGAAGCGUGACGGGGUUAGCAUCGGAGAAGUUGUGAUGAAAGGAGGGUGUGUGAUGUUAGGCUACCUAAAAGACCCUUCGGGAACAGCAAGUUGUUUCAAGAACGGUUGGUUCUACACCGGAGAUGUUGGUGUGAUGCAUGAAGAUGGGUACUUGGAGAUCAAAGAUAGGUCAAAGGAUGUUAUAAUCAGUGGCGGCGAGAAUUUGAGCAGCGUGGAGGUGGAGUCGAUAUUGUACGGGCAUCCGGCGGUGAACGAGGCGGCGGUGGUGGCGAGGCCGCACGAGUAUUGGGGAGAGACGCCGUGCGCGUUUGUGAGCUUGAAAAAAGGGAUAAAAGAGAAAGAGAAACCCACUGAGAAGGACAUAAUUGAGUAUUGUAGGGACAACAUGCCGCAUUAUAUGGUUCCCAAAACGGUUGUUUUCAAAGACGAGCUUCCUAAGACAUCUACGGGGAAGAUACAGAAGUUUGUGCUGAGACAAAUCGCCAAGGAGAUGGGGUCCUUCACGCAAAGUCGAAUGUGAAUUACUCUCCAAUAGUUUAUGGCAUGCUUGGCAUCAAGUUCCUAUUGUAUUAUCACCUAGUAAAGUUUAUGUAUAGUAAGAGUUUAAUUAGUGGUGUAUUUUGAUUAUAGAUUAUUGUGUGGUGGAGAAUUGUUUAUUAUAUUGUACCCAAAUUCAACUCUUCUUAUCUUUACGUGGAAUGAAAAUUUUUAAAAUGGAUUAGGCUUA